CCAUAGACUUUAUAUUUGUUAACGGUCUAUUGGCAAGCUACUCGACGGUUAGCAACGACUGUAUGAAAAAACGCAAAUUUUCUUGGAUUUAAAGGAAAGAAAUGGACUAAAAUAAUGACGGGUUUUAAUUGAAAACAUUACUAAACGGUGCUGCCGUUAUUAAGCCUAUUUUAUUUCCCUGUCGACCGUUUACCUUUCGAGCAUGGAUGCUGAAGGCCCCCAGGCCCUGUGUGAACUCUGCUUGGCUCAGGUGUGCCGCAGCCUGGAUGCUCUGUGCAGCAAGCGAGCAGACGGCUCCAUUUUCCUCAGCUGGGCCCCGCUAUUCCCACAAGAGAUGGCAGACCAGUUACUGCGUAAGAUGGCAACUAAAGGCAUACUGAAUGACACAACUGUUGGGAUUUUCCGAAAUUGCAAAGAGCUCCGACUGCGCCGAGCCUUUAUUCGCUGCUGCCCAGUGUCAACAGAAGCUUUCCGGCUGGCCAUUUGCCCUCACCGGCUCCAGGAACUAGACGCCUCCUGGGUCUCUGGCGGCCUCACUGGGGCUAACAUCGUCAUAGGCCUGGCCUCCAACCCGGAAUGCAGAUCCAGUCUGCGGAGGUUGUCCCUCACUGGGCUACAGGUGGACUCAGAGUCUCUGGCGGAGGAGGGAGGGACCCGUGUUGGCUUCAGCUCCCUGCAGGGCUUGAGGACGCUUAACCUUGCCAACACAGACCUGACUGAUGCUGUCCUUGAGGACAUCUGCACUCUCCCUCAGCUGGAGAGCCUGAACAUCUCCUGUAGUGCCGUCUCAACGCUUAACGCACUCCUUGAUUGCAAAAACACCCUGAGAUCUUUGAUCGCUCACCGGCUACGCCAGCUAGAUAUGUCGUCUGCAAGGUUGCUCUUUGUCUUUGGUCAACUUCACGCUCUCAGGCAUCUAGACUUUUCAGAGGACCAUUUUGCUGUGGAUGACAGUGACGGGAAAGAUGGGGAUGAGACAUUGCGGCAGCUUCUGGAGGGGAGUCCUCAGAUCCUCCCUUCCCUUGUUUCUCUAGAUAUUUCUGGGCGGAAGAGAGUCACUGAAGCAGCAGUCAUGGCCUUUGUGGAGGCAAGAUGUGGGCUGGUCUUCUUGGGCCUGCUAGCCACCAAGGCUAGCUCCUGUGAUGUCCUGUCCUCACACAAAAACCUCAAAGUAACUGGAGAGGCUAAUGAGGACCAGGUGUGUGAGGCCCUGAGAAGGUACAGAGACCGUGAGUGUUUUGUACGAGAGGCCCUCAUCCAUCUCUACAAUCUAACCACUGACAUUGACAAACCACGACCAGACAUACUAAAGCUGGUUCUUAGUGCAAUGCAGAGCCACACCACCUCCCUGCAUGUCCACCUGGUGGCCACAGCGUGUGUGUUCAACCUGACCACCCAGGACCUGGCGGAGGCCAUGCCUCUCAGCCUGCUCAGCUCCACUGUCACCCAGCUGCUGUAUGCCAUGAAGACCUUCCCCAGCCACCAACAGGUGCAAAAGAACUGUCUACUGGCGCUCUGCAGUGACUACAUCCUUCAGGAUGUCCCUUUUGACAAGUAUUUAGCAGCCAUGCUGGGGAUUAACUGGCUGUGCAGCCAUGAGGAUCCUACCCUUCAGAGGAUGGCUGUGGCUGUCAUCUCCAUUCUGGUGGCCAAGUUGUCCACAGAGGACACCGCUCAGCUGGGCAAGGACGUCUUUAUUAUGAAGCAGCUACUGGCUAUUGUGCAGCAGAAAGCCAUGGUGGGAGCGGUGGACUCCACUCUGAAGUUUGCUCUGAGUGCUUUGUGGAACCUGACGGAUGAGAUGCCCACCGCUGCUUGCAAUUUCAUCGAGUGCCAGGGCCUGGAGCUCUACGAGGAGGUUCUUGAGUCCUACUACACAGAACCGUCCAUUCAGCAGAAAGUUCUUGGCCUCCUGAACAACAUAGCAGAGGUGGAGGUGUUGCAGGCGGACCUGAUGCAGGAGGACCUGCUGGAGCACAUCCUCAGCCUGGUGCAGGACUCCCAGGUGGAGGUGGGGGUCCGGUACUUUGCAGGGGGGACUCUGGCACAGCUAGCCUCCAGACCAGAGGCCUGGACCCUGGGCGACGAGCUCCGCAGCACCAUACUGAAGCAGCUGCAUGCAUCCAUAAUGACAUGGACCCAACUCGAGAGAGAAAUGGUCUCUUACAGGUCGUUCCGUCCAUUUUGCCCUCUGCUUCAGACUUUGCAGCCCUCAGGAGUGCAGCUGUGGGCAGUGUGGGCCAUACAUCUGGUCUGCAGUCAAAACACUUCACAUUACAGCAGCAUGAUGGAGAAGGAGGGCUUGACGGAACUUCUGAAGGCUUUGUCUGCACAUCCCGACACUCACGCCGACGUUAAAGGACUUUCAGACAGCAUCUUGCACAUGAUGCUGAAUUCAUUAAAUUUUAUGUAACAGCUGGAAGAUAGAAGUGCUUGCAGGCAUCUACACAGUCUAUUCUAAGUUGGCCUAUUAAUAAAUCCUUUUGAAAAGUGGA